GCAGGGUGGCUGCGCGGGCGCGGUGCGGCGCUGCGCGGAGCGGAGCGGAGUAUGGGCAGCGUCCUGAGGAAGAGUAAAGCCGUGCAGCAGGCGCCCGGCCCCGGCACGGCGCGGCGGGGACCGGCAGAGGGAGCACAGAAGCUGCAAGGAGGGCAGCGCCAUGUAACGGCAGAAAGUUCACAGCCAUUUGGUUUUGUACAGGACAAGCAAAUAGAAGAGGGUGAGAAAACUUUAAAGGCACAUAAGGAAGGCAGUCUUCGAAAACAGGAAGAAAUGAACGGGCAUACAGCGGUGCCGCAUUCCUACGACUAUGAUCUCAUUGUCAUUGGUGGGGGCUCUGGUGGUCUGGCAGCUGCCAAGGAGGCUGCCAAAUAUGAAAAGAAAGUGAUGGUGCUGGACUUUGUCACGCCUACACCUCUGGGAAACUCAUGGGGUCUUGGAGGAACAUGUGUAAAUGUGGGCUGUAUACCUAAAAAAUUGAUGCACCAGGCAGCUUUACUGGGACAAGCUUUGCAAGAUUCACGUAAAUUUGGAUGGCAGUUCCCAGAAGAAGUCAAACACAACUGGAUGACUAUGACAGAAUCUGUGCAGAAUUACAUUGGUUCACUGAACUGGGGCUAUCGGGUUGCUCUGAGAGAGAAAAAAGUCACAUAUGAGAAUGCAUAUGGAGAAUUUGUCGGGCCACACACAGUUAAGGCAACAAAUAGAAGAGGAGUUCAGAAGCUGUACACAGCUGAGAGAUUUCUUAUUGCCACUGGUGAACGACCAAGAUACCUGGGCAUACCUGGAGACAAGGAAUACUGCAUUAGCAGUGAUGAUCUUUUCUCUCUGCCUUACUGUCCAGGGAAAACCCUGGUGGUUGGAGCUUCCUAUGUUGCCUUGGAAUGUGCAGGAUUCCUUGCCGGUGUUGGAUUAGAUGUCACUGUAAUGGUGAGAUCCAUUCUCUUAAGAGGAUUUGACCAGGAUAUGGCAAACAAAAUCGGUGAAUAUAUGGAAGAACAUGGAAUCAAUUUUAUUAGGGAGUUUGUGCCAAUCAAGGUUGAGCAGAUUAAGGAAGGAACUCCGGGAAUAUUGAAAGUUACAUCCAAGUCCACAAAGGGGAAUGAAAUAAUUCAAGGAGAAUACAAUACUGUGCUGCUAGCAAUUGGAAGAGAUGCAUGCACAAGGAAAAUUGGUUUGGACAAAGUUGGAGUGAUUAUCAAUGAAAAAACAGGAAAAAUUCCUGUCAACGAUAAGGAGCAAACAAACGUGCCAUAUAUCUAUGCAAUUGGAGAUAUACUGCAGGAUAAGCUGGAGCUCACGCCAGUGGCAAUCCAGGCAGGGAGAUUGUUAGUUCGAAGGCUUUAUGCUGGCGCAACCACUAAGUGUGACUAUGUGAAUGUUCCAACUACUGUAUUCACUCCUUUGGAGUACGGAGCAUGCGGGUAUUCUGAAGAGGCUGCGGUGGAGAAGUUUGGGGAGGAAAACAUUGAGGUUUACCAUAGUCACUUCUGGCCACUGGAAUGGACUGUGCCAUCCAGAGACAACAACAAAUGCUACGCAAAGAUAAUUUGCAAUAUUCAAGACAGUGAGAGAGUCAUUGGUUUCCAUGUCCUUGGUCCAAAUGCUGGAGAAGUCACCCAAGGGUUUGCAGCUGCUAUGAAAUGUGGGAUCACAAAAGAACAGCUGGACAGCACCAUAGGAAUUCAUCCCGUGUGUGCAGAGAUAUUCACCACCCUGACUGUGACUAAGCGCUGUGGUGAAAAUACCCUUUUGUCUGGAUGCUGAGGUUAAAGACCUCCCAUUCUUGUUAUUGCCAGAGGCUGGCUUUCAUCGCAGUGUCUGACUUGACUUGUGCAAUUCAGAAGAAAGGUUUUGGAAGAAGUUGUCCUUAGACAUUUCUGCGGAAAUGCGGAGAUCUUGAGCAGAGCAUCAU